ACCCGGGUCUCGAGCGGGGCGCGCUCGGCCUCUGAGAGAGUGGGUGCGGGGCGGGCCGGCCGGUGCCGCUGAGGCGAGCGGAAGCGACCGGGAACCGCGGCGGAGGGCGCCGCGUGCGCACGCGCGGACGCCGCUCGCUCCCGCCUGCCGGGGACCGCGGCGGAGGAGCGGCGUGAGGAGCGGCGGAGCGCGCUCGCGGGCGGAUGGAGGCGCCUCCCCGCCGCGCCUGAGCCGGUGCACAGGAGAGGCCGCGCGCCGGGCCGCGCUCUCCCCGCCAGAGCCGCAGCAUGGUUGACUAUAUGGUGGAGUAUGACUAUGAUGCUGUACAUGAUGAUGAAUUAAGUAUUCGAGUUGGGGAAAUCAUCAGAAAUGUGAAAAAACUACAGGAAGAAGGAUGGUUGGAAGGAGAACUAAAUGGGAGAAGAGGGAUGUUCCCUGAUAAUUUCGUUAAGGAAAUUAAGCGAGAGACGGAACCCAAGGAUAACAAUUUGCCCAUCAAACGGGAAAGGCAUGGAAAUGUAGCCAGUCUUGUACAGCGAAUCAGCACUUACGGACUUCCAGCUGGAGGAAUUCAGCCACAUCCACAAACCAAAACCCUUAAGAAGAAGACAAAAAAGCGUCAGUGUAAAGUUCUUUUUGACUACCUUCCACAAAAUGAGGAUGAACUGGUACUGACAGUGGGGGAUAUCAUUGAUAUUAACGAAGAGGUGGAGGAAGGCUGGUGGAGUGGAACUCUGAACAAUAAGUUGGGACUUUUCCCCUCAAACUUUGUGAAAGAGUUAGAGCUCACAGAGGAUGGUGAAACUCAUGAAGGUCAGGACGAAUCAGAAAUAGCUUUGACUGGCCCUACCUCACCAUUACUGUCUCCGGGAAAUGGGAGUGAUCCUGGAUCAGUUACACAGCCAAAGAAAGUUUUCCGAGGAGUUGGAUUUGGAGAUAUUUUUAAAGAAGGCUCUGUGAAACUUAGGACAAGAACAUCCAGUAGUGAAACAGAAGAGAAAAAAACAGAAAAGCCCUCAAUUCUGGGAUCCAGAACCCAGAGUGUGGAGGUGACAAAACCAGACACCGAUGGUAAGAGUAAAGUUAAGGAAUAUUGUAGAACAUUAUUUGCUUAUGAAGGAACCAAUGAAGAUGAACUUACUUUUAAAGAAGGGGAGAUAAUCUAUUUGAUCAGUAAGGACACUGGAGAAGCAGGCUGGUGGAAGGGUGAGCUUAAUGGCAAAGAAGGAGUGUUUCCAGACAACUUCGCUGUUCUGAUAAGUGAACUAGAUAAAGACUUUCCAAAACCAAAGAAACCACCUCCUCCUGUAAAGGGUCCAGCUCCAAAGCCUGACCUGUUAGCUGCAGAGAAGAAAGCUUUCCCUCUAAAGUCUGAAGAAAAAGAUGAAAAAUCACUGCUGGAACAGAAGCCCUCUAAACCAGCUGCUCCUCAAGUCCCACCCAAAAAGCCCACUCCACCUACCAAAGCCAAUAAUUUAUUGAAGUCUCCUGGAACAGUGUACCCAAAGCGACCAGAAAAACCAGUUCCUCCUCCACCACCAGCAGCCAAAAUUAAUGGAGACGUUUCUACUACAGUUUCUUCAAAGAUUGAAGCUGAGCCAGUAUCAAAACCAAAGCUAGACCCUGAACAAUUGCCAGUCAGGCCAAAAUCAGUAGACUUUGAUGCUUUCAUAGUCAGAAAUUCCAAAGAAACAGAUACUGUAAAUUUUGAUGACAUAGCUUCCUCAGAGAACUUGUUACAUCUCACUGCAAAUAGACCCAAGAUGCCUGGAAGAAGGUUGCCUGGCCGCUUCAAUGGUGGACAUUCUCCAACUCAAAGCCCAGAAAAAACAUUGAAGUUACCAAAAGAAGAAGAUAGUGGCAACCUAAAGCCGUUGGAGCUUAAAAGGGAUGCAAGCUUCUCUUCAAAGCCAUCUCUUUCUACACUUUCAAGUGCUUCUAAAGUAAAUACAUCUACUUUCCUAACUCCAUUAGAACUCAAAGCUAAAGCAGAAACAGAUGAUGGGAAAAAAAGUUCCCUGGAUGAACUUAGAGCCCAGAUUCUUGAAUUACUGUGUAUUGUAGAGGCACUGAAAAAGGAUCAUGGGAAAGAACUGGAAAAGCUACGCAGAGAAUUGGAAGAAGAGAAGGCCAUGCGGAGUAACCUAGAGGUGGAAAUUGCAAGGCUGAAGAAAGUUCUUCUGUCUUCCUGAGGUGGUGUGGACCCAGUGUUCUUUAAUGCUCCAGUGAUUUAGGAGCAACACUAUGAACUUAACCGACUUGUUAAGACAGCAGAUGUGGUAUUGCAAUGAAGAAAUGGGAGUACAUGAACUGUGAUAUUACUGGAAAGUUAGGGAGUGUGACAAUUUUUUAUAUAUAUAUUUUGUUUUGCCAAUAUGAAAAAAAGAGGCCUUAUUUCCUACUGUGCUGGGAUAGCAAACAUUUAUGUUGUUUGCUUGAAAAUACUACUGAAUCUGUAUAAAAAGGAAUGAAAGUUCACAAUAGUUUUUUUAUUGAAACUUGUAUUAUUUUUAAAGAGUUCUAUACUAUAAAUAUCCUACUAUCUUUACAAAUAAGCUGUAAGAUAAACUAUUUGAGAUGGACGGGUUAGCUUUAUAGUAACUAGAAUCACUGCUUUCCUGUAAUACUUAAGGACAUAAACUUGUAUACUUGCACUACACACACACACACACACACACACACACACACACACACACACACACUUCUUACCUAGGAUUACACUGUUGUGCCUGUGUCUGCAGUGCUGUUUGUACAUUGGGUGGUAAAAUAUGAGUUCCUAAUUACCAGGCUCCUCACCCAUGCAUAAUGAAUUGUUAAUGAAAUAAUAAAAGCAAAUUCAACUU